AGUUCGUCAGCCAAUCAUGAAGCGUUUAGUCAACUUCAAUAUCACAUGUCGAACUUCACUGCGAACGCGUGCCAUUACGACGAAGCCUGCACUUCGCACCCGAUCGUGGCACUUCGUGCCAACCCAAAGAAUUGUGUCUGUGCUUGCUAGCGGCCGCUAUUAGCCGAUCCUUCGUACCCUUCAGCUCAAACCUGCGUUACGGCUCAUUAGCGUUCACUAUGGAGUUGCCCUAGGUACCUACAGUGCUCCGAAGACUUAUCGGCAUCCGUUACAGUGUCGUGCCAGAAAUAGCCAGAUCUCUGCCUCAAUUGGCGCAAAAGCGAAUUGACGCUCUUCUAUUGGUCGAAAUACUGCACAGGUACCAUCUGAGUCGGUUGCCCGUCCCAGUCAUCAAGUCUCGCUGGGGACGCGACAGACGCAGCACCAAAGGACACUCGCUCCAGCGAGUGCAGCGCCGCACCAAGCCUCUCUCGAGCUCUCUCACUCGACAGUGCAGUUCAUUGAGCUCGUGUAGGCGCUUCUCCGGUCGAAAUCCGAGCGCUAGACGCUCCAAAAAGCAGGUAAAGCCCAUUCCCUGAUUUGGCAGCUGGUUAUUGUCCUGCGUGGGCUUCCUGGCGCUCUCUGCGCUUCAUAUCGAUUGCCACCCGUUCUGCUUCUGAUUCAACUACGUGCUCGUGGUCUGUAGAGCUCUAUAGGGUGGAGAAGUACAGUUAAAACUGCCAAACACCAUGAUGAACGAAAGACGCCGCAAGCUUCAGACCAUCCAGGUGGAUCAUUACGACGGCCAGGCCAUCUACAGCGGUAAUGAACUCAUCUAUGAGCUCGGAGGAUACCUCGGAGGCGGCGCAGCUGGAGUAGUCUAUGAGGCUUUCUCGACACGUACGAAGCAGCACGUGGCUAUCAAGAUACUAAACCCCGUGGGAUACAAGCUGUUCCCCAGUACAUUACUGGCUCGCUGUAUAGUCGCCGUGAAGGGCAAACCUUUGGUGCUGCCGUCGGAUGAAGCGGAACUUGACGAUGAUGCAGGACAGAGAGCCAAUCGACGUGUGUUCGCAGGAGGGAACCACCGUAUGCGAUCAAACUUUGGCUCUCCAAAGGGAACAACCGAGCGGAUUCGAGUCGAGAACGUGUGGUGGUUGAUUCAUCCAACGUCCAAACAGGCGAUUGCGGCGUUCGAGGAUCCACACACUGGACAUGUGCGGGAGCUUACACUGCCGCAGUGUAUUCAAGUGUGGGGCGAGCAAAUGAACCAGAGCGAGAGUGGUGCAGAGCGGCAACAAACCGAUCCAGCCGAAUUGUACCAAGAAGUGCAAGUGAAGAAUCAGACCAUCAAAGUCCCAAGAAUUCCAAAGAAAUUCAUUAAGUUCGCACACACUCGACGAUCGAUUCAUCGCGAGAUCUCCAAUAUGUCGGGGUUGGAGUAUCAUGAGAACGUGCUGCGGUUGGAUGAAGCUCUGGAGUUGGUUCAAGACAGCAAAUGCACUACGUUCCUGGUACUCGAGUUGGCUGGGGGUGGCGAGCUAUUCGACCGUAUCAAGCUGGAUUGUGGCACCAGUGAAGAGACAGCACGUCUGUACUUCCGUCAGCUCAUUUCUGGAGUCGCUUUUUGCCACAACUCGGGGGUUUGCCAUCGAGAUCUCAAGCCCGAAAACUUGCUACUAGCCGAUAACGAGGAGCAUUCCACGCUGAAGAUCGCGGAUUUCGGGCUAUCGGCCAUUUUCGCCAUCACAGACAGCGAUGCAAGUGUUGGAGCCAAUGGCAACGGCGUGGACCAGCCAGCUAUUCGACGACUGCGCUCGGUUGUGGGCUCUCCGCACUAUGUUGCGCCCGAAGUUCUGAUGGAUGCUGGUCAAGGUUACGACGGCGCAAAGGCAGAUGCGUGGUCUAUUGGUAUUAUCCUGUACGCUAUGAUCGCAGGGAACCUGCCGUUUGGGAAAGAUCUACUCAAGUGCGUACGCUACGAUCGAUUCCGCAAAUGGUCGUAUAAUACCAAGUACAGCGACGACGAUCCUACAGAUGAGGUGGAGUUCCCGACGUGGUUUUUUCCAGCACAUUUCUCAAUGGAAUUGAAGUCUCUGAUCGCUCAGUUACUCUAUCCGGAUGCUUGUAUGCGUCUAUCGGUGGAAGAAGCGCAACGUCACACAUGGGUACGUGGAGAGAAACUCAAGAAACCGUGUCCGUCAAUGUCGGAAGAUGAUCAGCCGAGCAAUAGCGCAGCUCUCAGUCCACCAGGAUUACCGCCAGCACCUCAUCCAACGCACAAGAACCGUAUGAACGUGGCGAUUAACACCUUACAGGACGGUAUUGAGUUGGGACAACACAUGCACCCCAGUCAACUGGGUGCUGUGUCUCCACAAGCGAUCACUCGACUGCUUACUAAGUCUCCCAGUCCUCAUGGACACGCGUUCCGAUGCCCACCGUCUCCACAGCAAAAUCUUCGCGUGAACAAGCAUCUAGCUGGCGUGGUUGGCUACAUGCCUCCACUGGAUGAGACGUCCUCCAUGUCUGGUCAAACGCCUAUAAACUCUCCUCGCGAUGCCAAGAACAACGACAAUUUUGAGUCCGAUCGCGAAGAUGCGUCGAUGAUUUCUUCGACGAAAGAGUUAAACGCUUGCAAUAUCUCUGAAGCUGGAGCGCUCUUUAAACAGGAGGCGCUCGUCCGAGAAGCCACCGUGACGACGUCAAUGAACCUCGCUGUGAGAGAGAUUGGCGGUGAGAACGUAGCUGGAUCUGCUCAUCUGGUACAGCAGACUGUUACUAGACAGCAUCGAUUUGUAUCGCCUCCGCUUGUGACUGGACCGAGAGAUACUAUGCCCAUUCGACUUCGUCGCAACUCGCCGCCGGAACUAUUUCUACGUGGGUUUGCUCGAGGACAUUUUCGUGAGCUCUCCAAAGGAGAUGUUGGAAAUACCAGUGGCUUCGAUGGGAUCAAUAUCCUCGGUCGUUCUCCUCCCCUUCUCCCACAAUCAAUUGUGACUCGGGACGAUAAACCCGGUGUUCCUAUUAACCGUAUGCUGACAGAACCUCUGGCGUUCGCAGCAACUUCAGGAGAGAGCAAAGAUGUCCAAGCUGAGCAGCAAGCAGCCAGCGUCCCGCCUCCUUCGUAUAGUGAUGUUGUGGCUCGUUCGACACGCUUCUUGACUGCACUACCCGCUCGCUUGGUGCUCUCUAACGUCGAAAACGCGUUGAAGACCACCCCUUGCCCACUUCCGUACGAGUAUCCCACAGUGCCGCAGAAUGUGUCCAUUGAUUGGGACAAUUACCAACUCGAAGUGCGGUAUGGUAAUCUCUUGACCUGCACGGUGCAAGUGUUCCUCUUCCAGCGCGGUGUAUAUCUUGUCGAGUUCCGACGUGGCCACGUGGAUAUCUUUCAGUUCAAACGCUUUUACGAAAAGAUCCGUGCGCAGAUCUCGGAAGGCAUGGACGGAGGUUCGGAACGGCCUUCACCGGCAUUCCGCAAACGGAACAACUCCAUUUCCGAGACGUUUUGAAGUGAAACCUUGAUGCCGGACCCUCGUAAACUCACUCAUCAUAAAUAUUCACUCCAACGUUUUUCACCCACGGCUAACGAUUUUAUAAUCGUUAGCUUAAAGUGAAGAAGUAAUAUUUGACUUUGGUAGAUAAUACUACACCUUAAUAUAUAGUAAUGUGGUGGCAUCUACAAGAAC